AUGGAAGUUGUUACUGGCUCUGGUUCAUCCUCUUUUGGGGUGCAUCUUCAACAUUGGCUUACUGACAAAAGAGCUCGAGAUCAGUUUCUCAUUCAAUGUUCUGUGGACCUUGAGAUUUAUUGGAAUAUUGGUGCAGGACAUUUGAAGCCUGAGCUUUUUGAUCAUCGUACGAUUUUUCUAGAAUCUGCUAUGUGGUCCCCUUCUGGGACUUACUUGGCCACCACUCUCAAAACGGGUUCUGUCAUCUGGGGAGGCGCAACUUUUUUUAUACCCUUAAUGUUUUGUGAUCACAACAUGGUUAAGCUAAUUGAUUUCUCAGUUGGGGAGAAAUAUUUGGUCAGCUACAGCGAGCAUGAUAGAAAAGGGGCUGCGCUUAAAAUUUUUGAUGUAAAAAGUGGAGAAGUAAAGAUGGUUAUUGAAAGAAGUCAGGGUGAGCAUGCGACUGGGGGAAUUGCAGGCAUAUCUCAAGCAGCCUGGCCUAUUUUUAGAUGGAGUGGCAGAAAUGGCUGA